AUGGGGACUCCGGCUCGGCCGCCUUCCUCCCGUCUCUGUCGCCUGCUUCUCCCUGGGGGGAUCCUCCUCCUCCUCCUCCUCUACCUGGCUAGCUCGCACCUCCGUACUCCCCGUUCAGCCUGCAUUUGGGGGAGUCAGCCCUGCCGCUGGCCGGGGGACCCGGCGCCUGACGAAGGAGAGAGAGGGCAGCUCCCCUCUCGGUCUGGCCCUGGGCAGACCCUGGGCCUGCUCCCCUUGCAGACAACGCACCCACCGUGCCCGCAGAGCCCGCAAUUCCGCAUCCAGUGCAUGCAGAGUGCCUUUGCAGCCAGCAUCACCCCCGGCGGGGAGGUCCUCCUCGGGGAAUACCUCCGCGGCUGGAAAGAGCUGGCCAAGUUCAUCGACUCUCUGGGCACGGCCUUUGGGCUGGUCUCUCGGGAGACGUGGCAGAAGAUCACCAUCAUGCAAGACUACCUUUCUGGGCAGCGUGGCGCCCACUACCGCACCCUGCAGUCCAUGAUGACUUUUGAGCUGGCGAAGGGCUUGGUGGGCUUCCACUCUUUGCCGGCCACCAGUCCCCCGUCUGGCUGCCGGACGUUGCUGCGCCUCCACCGGGCCCUGAGGUGGCUGCAGCUCUUCCUGCACAAGCUGGGGACCAGCGAGGGGGUGCACCCUGCCCAGCUGUGCGCCAGCGCCUACCAGGAGGCGCUGGCCCCGUACCACAGCUGGUGGGUGCGGCAGGCAAGCGCCCUGGCCUUCGUGGCCAUGCCCUCCCGGCAGGAGCUCUACGGCAUCCUUUGUGAGCCGAAGGAGCAGCGCGCGUGCGCCACCCUUCUGGCCACGGUGCAGGCCAUCGGCCUCGUGUACAACCGGACCCAAGAGGUGUACUCUGCCCAUGAGAUGCUGGGGCUCCCGUGA